AUGUUCCGCACACUGUCCAUUGAACCGAUUAGAAUCGAGGAGCGCUCCAAGGAUGAGGUCCGUGCUAAUAUUAUCGUAGUCAAGGCUAAAAAUGCGAUUGUGAGCUUCCGCUUUGGCUGAGAUAAAACCGAUAAUAAAUAUUAACAUAGAAGCUAACACCAAA